CAUUAUCAUGCUACGGCUACGUCGAUCAUUUUCUGUCAAAGAGAAACCGGCGUUCAAAUGUUAUGAGUAGAUUUAUUUUACACAUUUUAAUUAUAAAUCAAUCAAAAAAUAUUUAACGUAAGAGAAACAGAAGCUACUUUGUUUCUUGUAGUUUGUGUUUCUCUUCAUAAUGUCUCGUUGUUUUUUACCACUACUGUUGCUAAGUGUGUUAGCUGUUAGCAAUGCGAUUUUACAAGGGACCGUAGAUGUAAAACGACUUCAAGGGAUCCUUGAAGAGGGUGUAAAAAGUAAAGAUAUCAGCACACUUUAUUAUUCUCUUAAAGGGCUUAAGCAACUUAAUGCUAAAAUACCAGAUGUCUGUGAUGUUAUAAAAAACACCAAAUAUGAUUUAAAAAAUAUUGAACAAAUAUUCCAUUUAACAAAUGCAGCAGAUUUGUCAGGUUGCCAGAACUCACUUAAGCCUGAUGUACUUAGUGCUCCCACACAAGUAUUGGAUAAAAAAGAUGCGACUAUACCAGAUUUAUAUCAUGCAGUAUACACACUGAAGGCUUUAGGAAAAGGAUCAGUUUAUGAUAAGGAAGAUAGUCUGAAGAACCUUAUUCAAUUGUUGAAAAAAGAUGAUUCACCAGCAAACUAUGGCUAUGUGUUUGCGCUCUGUGAGCACAUCGGAUGUGCCGCUUGGACUGCCACUCAUGCGGAGAGCGCCCUUCUUGCCGCCGACGAGACUGACGGCCGCUCUCUGCACUUUGACGGAGGUCUGCCAGUCACCUCGCUCGUACUUAGCACUGUCAUCAGAACGUUCAAAACAUUGGGCAAGCCGUCUCCGCUGUCGAUGGAGCAACGCUACAAGUUCGGCGCGUACGUGCUGUCGCGGCGCUCCGUGACGUCACCCCGCGGCGCCGCGCUACUUCUGGACGCGGCCGCCGCGCUCGCCGGCGACCAGCCAACUCCAAUCAGCAUUGUCUUUAAGGACAAGAAAUUUAUCACCUCAGACUCAGACUCGAUCGAAUUCUCCGUCACUGAUCUGAUUGGGCGACCGAUCCCCAACCUCAAACCAGAUGAAGUAAUCGCUCAGUCGGGAACCAGACUCGCAGACGACGUAGUGGUGCUGUCAAAGCAACCAUUAACACAAAAAUCAAAUGAACCUACCACUUUCAUACUUAAUCUAAGUAAAAUUAAGUCUCAACAUGGUCUGUACAAGAUCUCUCUCAGUGCUGGUACGAAAUCAGCGAACUUCAACAUUGCUGUGUUGGGCGAAAUUCAAGUAUCGAGUAUAGAAGUUGGAAUUGGUGACGUCGACGGAACAACUAGCCCGAAAAUCACAACUGUUACGUAUCCUAAUAGGUUGACAGAGAAAUUACAAGCUGAUCACUUGCAAAAGGUGACCCUGAAGUUUACGGUCCGCGACAAGUGGAACAAGCCGGUGGUAGUGCAGCAAGCCUUCGUUCGCAUCGCGCCCGCCAACGCGCCGCACGAGGCCAUCUAUGUGGCCGAGCCCGAUGCCGCCGGCACCUACAAGGUGGAGCUGAACGUGGGCGCGAUGUCGGCGCACUUGCGGCACAGCGGCGGCGCGCACGAGCUCAGCGUGCUGCUCGGCGACAGCGCCGUGGCCGCGCCGCUCGCCUGGACGCUCGGCGACCUCGUGCUCAACUUUGCCCGCAACCACGCCGUCGGUGAGCCGGUGAAGACGACGAAGAGCCCGUACCGCGGGCCGCUGCCCGAGAUCGCGCACGAGUUCCGCUCGGCGGAGCCUCGGCCGCCGCGCCUGGUGUCGGACGUGUUCGCGCUGGCGUGCGGCGCUCCGCUGUUGCUGCUGCUGCUGCUGUGGGCGCGGAUCGGCCUAAACUUCUCGCUGUUCCCGCCACUGCCGCUGCCCGCCCUUACCGCGCUUCUAUUCCACGUAGCGCUCGGAGGUUCCUUAGCGUUGUACGGCAUGCUAUGGCUACAGUUGACGAUGUUCGAGACGCUGCGGUACUUGCUGCCGCUGGGCGCCGUUACGUUCCUGUCCGGUCACAGGUUGCUGCGUGGCCUCGUGCGGGACAAGGCCUCGCGCUAGUACUCUACUCUACUAAUUUAGCAAUAAAUUAUACCUUUAACUUCUA